GAAGGAAACAUCAUCAGCUACAUGCAUUGCUGGUCCGGAAACCCGCAAAAGGCCUGUAUCAGCCAGCCUCGCCUGGGUGAAUCUGGAGAUAUAAAGAGGCCUGUCUAUACCCCUCGAUCGAAGGUCUUCUGUCCAUCAUCAUCAGCAUCAGCAUCAUCAUCAUCCAAAACAAUACAGCAACACUAUAAAAACAACCCCCCUUCCAUCCACCUAUAUACAACAUGUCUAAGCCAACUAUCGCCUUGGUCCCCGGUGCCUGGCACACCCCAGCACACUACGAGGAGUUCCUCGCUAUCUUCGAAAAGGCCGGCUACCCAACCGCCUGUCUCCAGCUGCCCGGCGUUGACUCUGCCGCUCCCAAGGACGAGACCGUCGCCUCCAACGCCGCCUAUCUCCGCGAGAAGCUGCUGCUCCCUCUGCUCGACGACGGCAAGAAUGUCGUCCUCGUCAUGCACUCCUUUGGCGGCUGUGUUGGAAGCGUAGCCGCGGCCGGCCUCAGCAAGAAAGACCGUGGCUCCAGCGGCGGCGUCGUCGGCCUCAUCUUCAUCGCCGGCUUCCUGGCCAAGGAGAGCAUGUCUCUCUUUGAUGCCCUGGGCGGCAAGUUCGACGACUUUGUCAACGUCGAUGAGGCCACUGGCCAGCUUACGCUCGACAACCCAACUGAUGUCCUCUUCCACGAUGUCCCGGGCGACGUUGCUGCAAAGGCUGCUGGCCAGCUUAAGCAGCAGGCCAUGUCUGUCCUGAAGAGCUCCAGCUCCGCUCCAGCCUGGCAGGAGGAGUUCUACAACGGUGGCCGACGAGGAUACAUCCGCGCCACCCAGGACCGCUGUGUCCCUGCUGCCAUCCAGACCAUGAUGCUGGACAAGAGCGGCCUUGACUGGAACAUCAAGGACAUCGAGGCCAGCCACAGCCCUUACCUGAGCCGCCCCCAGGAGACCUUUGAUAUCAUCAACGGCAUGAUCACUGCCAUCUGGGGCCAGUGAAGGAUAUGACCAUAGAUAUAUGCAUGAGAGCGUGAACGUGAGAUGACGGAUAAUAGACAGCAUUUAGUUCCUAAUCAAAGUAUAGAUUUUUUCAUUUCUAAAAAGGGUCAAACGUACAGUCAAGCUAUGUAGCCAAACGGCCCAUGAGCGGAGGUCUAUCAGUAGCUCUACCAUCUAGAGGUUUUCUUUCUUAUUUUCUUUUCUUUUCUUUUCUUUU